AUGGGUGCAGAAUUUGUCCCAUUACCACAAAGUGCAGGAUAUGCUGUUGUCGUUGGACUCGGUGCUGUUUUUGCAUUUGGAAUGAUGUUAACCACAUACCUAUUGAGACGGUACAAUAAAGAGAUUAUCACCGCUGAAGAGUUUGCAACCGCUGGACGGUCAGUCAAGUCAGGGUUGAUCAGUGCUGCUGUUGUCUCAUCAUGGACUUGGGCCGCCACCUUGCUUACAUCAACUACCCAAGUUUACAAAAAUGGAAUCUUUGGCUCGUGCUCUUAUGCAUUUGGCGCUACUGUGCAAAUCACAUUGUUUGCUUCAUUGGCAAUCAAGGCCAAAGAAAGAGCACCACUGGCUAGAACUUAUUUGGAGAUUGUUCGUGCAAGAUACGGUAAAACAACACACAUGAUUUAUAUCUUUUGGGGUUUUGCUACCAAUAUCUUGGUCACUGCUAUGUUGUUGACUGGUGGAUCAGCCACCAUCACAGAUCUCACGGGAAUGCAUCCUGUGGCUGCGUGUCUUUUGGUUGGUCUUUCCCCAACCGUUUACUCGGUAUUUGGUGGAUUGAAAGCAACAAUCCUUACUGAUUACGCACACACCGUGAUUAUGGUUGUUGUCAUUAUCAUCUUUGCCUUUAGCACUUGGGCUACUAACCACAAAUUGGGUUCACCUUCAGUGGUUUGGGAAUUAAUCACUGAGUUGGGCAAAACGAGACCAGUUGAAGGCAAUGCCGAGGGUUCUUACUUGACUUUCCAUUCUCGUUCAGGUGGUAUCUUUUUUGUAAUCAAUAUUGUCGGUAAUUUCGGUACCGUCUUCCUCGACAAUGGCUACUUUAACAAGGCAUUCGCUGCUGACCCAAAAUCAGCAUACAAAGGUUACAUCUUGGGAUCAUUGGCAUGGUUACCAAUUCCUGCAUUUUGCUCACUUACCUUGGGCUUUGCUGCUUUGGCAUUGGAGCAAACAGAGUACUGGCCAUUGGGUAGAGCAAUGACUGCCGAUGAAGUUGCGCUGGGCUUGGUACUUCCAAAUGCAAGUGCUGCUCUAUUAGGUAAAGGUGGUGCCGUGCUUAGUUUGAUUAUGGUUUAUAUGGCAGUCACCAGUGCCAUGUCGUCUGAAUUGAUUGCAGUCUCAACCAUUUGCACAUACGAUAUCUACAGAACAUACAUCAAUCCACAAGCAACAGGUAAAAAAUUGAUUUGGAUCUCGCACCUUUCAUGUGCCGCUUUUGCUUACAUUAUGGCUGGGUUUGCCAUUGGUCUUUAUUAUGCUAAUGUCUCCAUGGGUUUCCUUUACGAGCUCAUGGGUAUUAUUAUUGGAGGUGCCGUUCUAAGUUCAGCAAUGACAAUCUUGUCCAGUAAACAAAAUUGGUAUGCUGCCACAUUCACUCCACCAAUUGCUACUGCAUUGGCAAUUAUGUCAUGGUUGGUCUGUUGCAAGACAAAGUUUGGUGCAGUAAACUACGACAAUUUGUUUGAAGACGAUGCUAUGCUUACCGGCAAUGUUGUUGCAUUGCUUUUCCCCUUGAUCACAGUGCCACUUUUCACCUUGAUUUUCAAGCCACAACACUUUGAUUGGAAAUUAUUGGAAACAAGAAUCACCCGUGUUGAUGAAGAAGAGGAGCUUAUAGAGGCCACUAAAUCCGACUCUCAAGAAGAAGAUCCUGAAAAGUUGGAACCCGUUAGGUCGCAGAUAUCAAUGAUUGCUAGUGACAUUGCACAGCAAGAGCAAGUACGCCAACGUUAUUCUGAAGAGCAGGUGCAAUUACGUAAAGCAUUCAAGACAUGUGUUAUUGUUUGUGUGUCUUUGACAUUGGCACUUUUAGUGGUUUGGCCAAUGCCAAUGUAUGGAAGCAAGUACAUCUUUUCACGUCACUUUUUUAUUGGGUGGGUUGUUGUUUUCUUUAUUUGGAUCUGGUACACUGUGUUUCAAGUUAUUGUGUAUCCAAUAUGGGAAGGCAGAUCAAGUUUGGCAAGUACUGCAAGAGGCAUAUACUGGGAUUGCACUGGACAAACUUAUAAAUUAAGAGCAUGGCAAAACUCACACCCUGAAGAUAUGCACGCAGUUAGAUCUCAAAUCCAGGCUCAGUUAUCGGCCUCGAGAUCUGCACCAAUGGUUGUAGAUGGAAGAGCCGUACAAACUGAUAUGGCCAACAUUGAUGAUGCAAUGUCUGAUGAAAAGAAGUAA